UAGAAAAAGUGACGGAGGUAAAAAAAGUGAGUAGGUGUCUAUGCCACAGGUAUGUCAGUCCUGUUACUCACGCAUGCGCACAUGGUUACGUGUUUCGCUUACUUGCUUUCGCCCGUUCGUUCAAUUCGUUUUUAUCUCCCACUUUACUAAUAGCUCUAUCUUUUUCCCACGUCUAUUGUUAGUUUUGGAAUUUGUCUCUGUACUUUACUCGUAUACGUUGUCUCGGUCGACGAUCGUAUCGUCAUCGAGUUGGAGUAAAGCGGUACCAAGGUGUACGACUUCAACUAGCCCUCAGUUGAGUCUGCUGUAGGAUAAGUAACGCGUGAUUCAUCACGAGACGUUCCCACGAAUGCUGUGAUUUUUUUUUCUUUCUUUUUAUUGUUAAUUACCCGUGUGUUGAUAUCUACCUGUUUGCGCUCAACUCAGUUGUUGUUAUUUUAAAAAGUGAUAUUUAAAUUUUUAAAUAUUUAUUACCUGGAAAUAAAUAUCAUACUGAUGUAUAUUUAUAAAUACUUGGCAGUAUUAUUUUAUUUAUGACGUAUACUUUAUUGUAAUUAAUAAUAUUUAAAUUUUAAAAUAAAUAUAAAAGUAAAAUGUGUCAAAGCGGACAGUAUGGCGACGUGUGUUCAUUGAUGAUACGUCAGAUUUAAAACGUAAUUCGCGGGUAAAUUUAAAACGGCAAUGAAAACAUCUGAAACAAGGAAUUUAAAAUAUAUUUAAAUACGUAUAUAUAUAUGCAUAUAUAUAUAUAUAUAUAUAUAUAUAUCUGUAUAUAUAAUAUAUAAUAAAUAAAUAAACGGGUAAAUAAUAGAAUGGUAAGCUCUCACUUCUCAACGGAACCGUAUUCAGUUUCGAGUGCUUACGAGAGAAACGAAGAAAACGUCAGUGGUAGUCAAGUACCAUCGACAUCAACAAUUCUUUCAAAUACUGACACUAGAUCCGUAGACAACAAUAGGAAUGAUACAGGAGACAGUAAUUCGUCAGCGACACUCCUUGAAACGCCCGUGCAGGUCAACAAUAUUGACAUCGGGACGUUGACAGGAUGCAUCAGAAGUCAAAGUGGUCCACCAUCACUUUCGAUAUCAUUCGAGGAUCGGGAUUUGAGGAGCACGUCAUCAUCGUCGUCAACAAAAACUCGUUCAGUAAAUUCAACAAACAUUACGACUGGUUCAUCUAAUUUUAAACAAACUUCGGAGUAUGGUGAGGAAAGUUACGAAGGAUUUGGUUAUGGCCGUGAUGUUGAACUUGAUGUUGAAGUAGAAUCUCCUGGUGGCGGUAAUAGUUCUGCUCCAUCACCUACCACUGGCCUUCAUUCUCUUGGAAAAACUAGUACAGCCAGUCCUUGUUCAACGCUUGGUAGACACACGUGGCUGCGGACUUCCUUGAAACGGACUCCACCCGGUAGUGCGAGACCGACAAGGCAACUAGGAUCCAAUGCACUAGCGAGUCAGCUUUAUAGAAGUGGAAGUUUUAAUAGUUCAGGUAGAGGCUCAACCUGUGACGCUACCGACGAUAUGUACAGUGACGUUUCUUUGGAGGACGAUGUUAUAGAUCUCAAUCACCGAGUAAAAUUAAUACAGGAACGAAUGGACGCUCUUGCAGAUACUCAGUCAGUUAGCGGGGAACGUUACGCGAGAGUUAAGCAAGAAAAUGCAACAUUGCAAGCGAGAAUUAUAAUGCUAGAAGAAGCAGCUAAAGAUGCUGAGGCUAGAGCUGAAGAAAAAUUACAGAGUGAACAGCGACGACAUCGUGAAUGGGUGGGUCGACUGGAACGAGAAAAAGAAUUGCAGCUAGAAAAUUACGCUAUGAAAGUUCAAGCGAUCGAAGUUGAGUGUUCGGGUUUAAGAGAACAAGUAGCACGGCUACGGGAACAACUAGACAGUGCUAAGGAAGAGCGUUUAAGAUUAGAAAAUUUAUUGGAUGACGCUAACUCUGCCACGAAUAGUGCACGUGAAGCAGAGAAACAGGCUGUGUUACGUGCCAAUGAAACACGUGUUCUUCUUGAUGCUGCCAAAGAGGAGUUGGCUAAUCGAGCUAAAGAUCGUCAAAGAAUUGAAGAUCUUCUGCUUGAAGUUGCAAGACUUGGGGCGACUAAUAAAAGUUUACAGGAAUCACAGGAUGAACUACAGGCUGCGAUAGCAGUCCAUGCAGGACGUGAACUUUUGAUGUUGAAUUCUAAUAGUUUGUAUGAGGACUUUGAUAAAAAUCCUCAAAGUUUAGCUGCUGAGCUGUCAGCUAAUCAAAAUCAAGACCAGUUGGAUGGUCACGAAAAUGGUAAUAUUGCCGAAGAUAAACCCCGCACAAAGGCUGAAGUAUUACAAGCUUUAAAAGAGCAGAAAGAAGUUAAUGCACAAUUACGGUCAUAUAUUGAUGGCAUAUUAUUAAAUAUCGUUGAAAACAAUCCACAAUUACUGGAAGUUAAGAAGCAGCAUUGACAACUUAAUUUAUAAUAGUGAUAAAAUUAAUUUUUUUUUUCUUAGGAAAUUAUACUAUUGAAAUAGACGUAAUUUGUUAUUAGAUUUUUUUAAGUAUAUAAUUAAUUAAAAAUAAAUAAAAAAAUAUCAAUCCGUCCGUGCAUUGAAUAACGUAAUGUUAUUUAUAUAAUUAAUGCAAUAAUAAUGAUAUUAAUUAUAGAAUAUGUUUAAAGAUAAUUGAUCAUGUCUCAAAUUUUGAGUUUCAUUUUAUUUUGUUUAUGUAAUUUAAAUUUAUUAUUUGACCUCUGCACACGGUGUUGGUAAAUUUUUUACUUGUUAUUUAUUUAAAUUAUGAUACUGAAAAUUGCAGACUCCAGAAUUUUUUGUUCUUAAAAACAAGUUACAGAUAAUUAAUAAAAAUAUUAAAAGUCCGUAAAUAAUUUUUAAAUUUUCUUAUUUUGUUUUGGAGUUUAUUUAUUUGAGGCCAUUCUCAGACUGUCCCUCACUUUUUUUACAUUUUCAAUGACUUCCAAAUGUCGAUCCAUAAGCGGGUUGAAAUGUUAUCAAUAUUAAUUAAAAAAAAAUUAAAGUAUUAAUUAAAAAAAGUAGAACGUAAUUGCAAUUAUGUUGAGAUCUAAAUUAAAAAAAAAUUAGUUUUUUUAUAAUUUUGUUUUUUUAAUAAAACUAUAUAAUUUAUAAAAAAAAAAUUACAGAUGACAAAAAAGUUAGCAGACAUUUAAAAAUUUUUAGAUUUCUUUUAACAAAAAAAUAAAUGUUAAAAUAAUAUUUUGAAAAAUUAUACCUAUAGUUUAUGAAAUUCUCGACAUGUUCAUUUUUUUAGAAAUAUUUUUCUUUCAUUAUUUAUCUGUUAAAAAAAGUUUUAUUAAAUUUCAAAUCUCUGCUAACUUUGCUGUCAUAAAUUACAGUUGAUAUCAAUUGGGAGUUGAACGAAAUUUGAAAAAUAAAUUUCAGUAAAAUCAUGUCAAUUUUAUAAUUAGAAUUUUCAAAUUUUCUAGGCUAAAAUUUAUUCAAGAAAUUGUCCAAUUGAUAACAAAUCAUUUUUUUUUUAAAUUUGUAAUUCAGCCAACUUGUUCUUUUUUUGAUUAAUACUUUACUUUUUUUUAAUUAAUUAAUAAAAUUUUAAUACGUUUCUGGCAACUGAGUCAUUGCAUAUUUUUAAAAAGUGGCGGGAAUUGUCUAAGAAUCCUUUUGAAUUUAAAAAAACAAAUUCAAUUGUCUGCUGCUCUUACGAUUAUUUAAAAUUUAUGACAUCGAUGAUUAAUGUAAAAAAAGUAAUUACUAAAAUAAUUAAUUAGGACAAGUAAUUAAAUAUAAAGAUAGUAAUAAAUAAUAAUUAUUUGAUAGAGUAAUCUUUAAUUUUAA